GUGAGAUGAAGGACCGACUUUUAGACCUGCAGACAGUCUGUACACCUGCUGAGGACCAGGAGCAGCUGGGGCCUGAUGGGACCCAGAACCUCAUUGCUGAGGAUGAGGAGCACCCUGAGCAGCAGGUUGUGGUGUUUCAUGGUGAAGAUGUAAUGGAUGACAUCUACAAAGAGGCCCAGGUCAUGAGGAGGGACAUCCAGCUGCUCAAGUUGGACGUGAAGCGUCUGGGGAAGCAGAACACCCGCUUCCUCACAUCGGUCAGGCGGUUCAGCAGCAUUAAGCGGGACUCCAACGCACUCGGACGGGACAUCAAAACCAGAGGGGAGUCCGUCUACACCCGGCUGGAGAAGAUGGGGAAGCUGAGCAAACAGAUGGAGGAGGAGCACGGCUCCACGUCGGCUUUAGCUCGCAUCGUGCGCUCGCAGUACGUGUCUCUGACCAGCGCCUUCCACCAGGCCAUGUCCGAGUACAACGAGGCCGAGAUGGUCCAGAGGGAGAACUGCAAGACCCGCAUCCAGAGGCAGGCAGAGAUCAUGGGCAAGGAAGUGAGCCGAGAGCAGAUAGACGAGAUGAUCGAGACGGGGAAGUGGAACGUGUUUUCAGACAACCUCCUGCUGGAGGGCAGGACUGCCAGGUCUGCUCUGAACGAGAUCGAAAACAGGCACAAGGAGCUGAUGGAGCUGGAGGGUCGCAUCCGAGACAUCCGGGACCUCUUCCUCCAGAUGGCUCUGCUGGUGGAGGAGCAGGGCUGCAGGCUGGACAACAUCGAAGCAAACGUUGCUGCAACUCAGGACUAUGUUGCAAAAGCAACUGUUCAGAUGAAGAAGGCCGUGAAAUACAAAAAGAACAAUCCAUGUAAGAAACUCUUCUGCUGCUGCUUCCCGUGCUGCAGAUGA